GCGGAUCCGUGUCCGGGGUUCCUCCGCGGCGGUGCGUCCUCCAUGCCUCCGCGUCUGAACGAGCCCGUUUGGUCUGAUGUUUCCCUUCCGAGCGUCAUUUGGGAGAGAAUGCGUCUUCUGGUUUUUGCGACUUUACUCGGAGUCCUUCUCGACGCAGGAGAUGCCCUUCAGAUCCAGUGUUACCAGUGUGAGGAGAUGAAGCACAAUGACUGCUCCACGCCAGAGUACAUCGUCAACUGCACCGUCAACGUGCAGGACAUGUGCCAGAAGGAGGUGCUGGUCAAACCUGAUGGAAUACAUUAUCGAAAGUCCUGUGCCUCCUCCGGGGCUUGCCUCAUCGCCUCCUCUGGCUACCAGCAGUUCUGCACCGGGAGGCUGAACUCGGUCUGCAUCUCCUGCUGCAACACCCCGCUGUGCAACGGGCCCAAGAGGAAGCGGCCCGUCCCCUCGGCGGCGACGGCAAACCUGCAGACCGACGGGCCUCUUCGUUUCCUCCUGACCUUUCUCCUGCUGCCGCCGACACUCCUCCCGCUGACGUAGACGGUCCCCGCCGUGAUUCUGCUGUUCACCCUGGAGCCUGGACCUGCACUCACUUGACUGCGAUACACUGAAGGAGCGGACUCGGACACCACACUGGCUUUGUAUCUUUCCCAGCAUCACGAGAAACAGUGAAUCAGAUCGAUGUAACACCGUAACCGCUGAGAAUGACACUGCUGAACCGGAGACUGGAGACACACCGAGCCAUCUGAAUGUAUCGCCCCUGUUGUCAGAGAGAGGACCAUCCAGUCUGCCGCGAGGCAUCUCUCAAUUUCUUUGCUUUUUGUGAAGUGGAGCGUUUUGUGAAGAAGCUGCUCUGAAGUUAUUUUCUGGUUAUUACAUGCUGUAAAAGGACGCAGGUAGAGCUCAAUGUAGAAAAUAAUAUUUUGAAGCUUUUGUUUCGUGGGCGUUAUUUGAUCUAUGGUUUGAUACAGCACUGUUGGUUUUAUUUCUUGGUGAUGCUUGCUGUUAUUGCUCAGAUUUUUCUUAUUUCAAUUUGAUUACAACACAAUUGACCCUAGGAACCCCAACUGUACUUACCUUCUUCUUCUUCUUCCUCUUCUUCUUCUUCGUAUGUUAUGAUGAGGACGGCACUUUGAGAUCUCUUGCAGCACACCAUCCUGCCAUAUAUAUAUAUGCAUAUUUCCCACUGCCGUACAGUAUUGAUUGACACUUUGCUACAGUGAAUAUGAAGGAUGCUUAAAUGGUUUCUGUGUUUUUGCUUAUUCGCCCUUGUUCAUAAAACUGGUUGAGUUAAUUCGGCCACAUUAAGAGGCUCUGUAGAAAUAUUAAAGAGACAUUAAUAUUCCUUAUAGUACUUUGUGAAAUGAGCUAUUGAACUGUCUUACACGGAAACACCUGCUACAGUGAAUUAUAAAGUUUAAUAUAGUUCAGUAUAAGAACAAGCUAUAAGCACAAUUAAAUUCUCUUCAGGGUGAUUUCAGCCAUAUUUCCCUUUAACUUUAUAUAACUUAAGACAGUUAAAUAUAUGCCCAAAUCAAAGAAAUUGAUGCAUGUAGCCACUGCUUUAGACCAAAUACUGUAUUUAUAAUCUACGCCACUGAAAACUAAUUUCACUUAUGGAUCGUAUUUCCAUGUUCAGGUGGGCAUUAGGAAAUUUAUGCCUUUAUAUAUCCCGCUAAAUUAUUUAUUUGCCUAUUUAUUUGUAUCAUGAAGUUUUAUUUUACUGCUUCCGUUAUUGUUUUUCAGUCUGUACAGUAUUAUAUUUAUACGUAGUGACAACAGCCACAUUCUCUCAUGGUAUUUCAAUGCCACAAAUGAAGGUCUGAUUAAAAGGUCAAGAGCAGAUCAAGCAGAAAAUCGCACCCAAGGCCCUGUCCUGAUGUUUUCACUCAGAUUAUUGACUUCACAUUAUCAUGAUGUUGUUUUCAUAUCAAAAAGAAUAUACUGACCGAGAUUCAAGAAACUUAUUGAAGGGAAAUUCUGGAAGCGAAGACGGACAGAGAUGGACCAUCUGAUUAACGUUCAUGGCGGUGUUUUUGACCGGUCUUCUGUGAAGAGUGACGCUGUA